AUGAGGCGGCUUCUCAUUUGUCAGCUUUCACUCUGCUGCACAUGUGCCUGCCCAAUCUGGAACAAAAGGAAGAAGAAAGACUCUGAAGAAGAUGGCGACAAUGAUCUUUUGCAGAAAUACUCUGAGCCGGUGCAGUCUUUAGCGAACAGGAGCAUCGACGCAGGGUAUCAGACGGAUGCUAUGAAAGACAGUGACAACUGCUUCAGAUGCCCAGAUUUGGAAUGGCCCAAUAAUAGAAAGAAUCAGUGCAUUCCAAAAAAAGAAGACUUUCUUUCCUACACUACUGAUGUAAUUUCAAUAGUUCUCUCAUCAAUAUCAGUUCUCUUUUUGCUUAUAACAUUUUUGAUACUGGGAGUGUUUAUAAAAUACCGUGACUCCCCCAUUGUGAGAGCCAACAACAGAAGUCUCAGUUUCCUCCUCCUUGUCUCCAUCAAGCUGAGUUUCCUCAGUGUGUUUCUGUUCCUCGGUCGCCCUGGGGAUAUAACCUGCCGGCUGCGUAACAUCACUUAUGGAAUCGCCUUCUCCAUAGCCGUCUCUUCUCUCCUGGCCAAGACUAUCAUGGUUUAUAUUGCUUUCAAAUCCACCAAGCCAGGGAGCUCAUGGGGAAAAUGGAUGGGAGUGAAACUGUCCAAAUCUGUAGUCUUGGUCUUUUCGUCCAUUCAAAUAAUAAUCUGCAUGACUUGGUUGGCCAUUUCUCCUCCCUUUCAGGAACUGGACAUUCACACUUACCCUGGAACCAUCAUCAUUCAGUGCAAUGAGGGCUCAGCUCUUGGCUUUUACUCAGUUAUUGGGUAUAUGGGGCUUCUGGCAGCUGUUAGUUUUGUUUUAGCAUUUUUAGCUCGGAGCUUACCGGACAGUUUUAAUGAGGCCAAGUACAUC